GGGCUCGGAGCCCUUGCGGCGCUGAGACGUGGGCGGAACCCGAGCUGCCGUGGAGCAGGUUUCGGGGGGGGUUGGUUUCGGGGGACCCGCUAGGCUGGUAGCGGCCGAGCCCAGAGGGAUGGAGCCGGUGGCCGAGGGACCCGAGUUCGGGGCCUUCAAGAGACCGGCGCUGCCGCCGGCGGUCCCGCUCCGCGGCAAGGAGGUGGGCGCCGCUCCCCGGGACCCCGAGGGGGAAGCAGCGGGUGGGAAGCCGCCGGCGGAGAGCCCGCCCCAGCCCCGGGCCCCGAGCUCGGCCCCUGGCCCCCUCCCCGCCGCGGCCCCGCAGCCCCGCUACCAGGAGCCGCCGUGGGGCAGCGCUCCCCCAGCCGAGGCCGGCUACGGCCUGGAGACCCUGAAGGGCGGCGUCAUCGUGGGCACCCUGCGCUUGGAGGGCAGGAGCUGGUUCCUGGUGGGGCGGCUGCCGGGCUGCGCCCUGGCGCUGGAGCACCCGUCCGUGUCGCGGCACCACGCCGUGCUGCAGUACCGCGGCCAGGCCCAGCCCGGCUUCUACGUCUACGACCUGGACAGCACCCACGGCACCUUCCUCAACAAGGCCCGGCUCCCGCCCCGCACCUACUGCCGGGUGCGCGUGGGGCACGCGCUGCGUUUCGGGGGCAGCUCCCGCCUCUUCCUGCUGCAGGGACCUGAGGAGGAUCAGGAGUCUGAGUCGGAACUAACUGUGACUCAGCUGAAGGCUCUGCGCAAGCAGCAACAGGAAAAGUUAGAGAAGACAAUGUUAGGCGAGGACUCAGAUGAAGAUGAAGAAGAAGAAAAGGAAGAGAAAAGAAAUGAGAGCAGUCAGAGUAACGAUAUGAGUUGCUCGUGGGGAAUGGGGGAAGAUGCCGAGGAAGAUGAGGUUGAAGAAAAUCCUAUUGCCAUCGAGUUUCAGGAGGAGCAAGAAGCCUUUUAUUUGAAGGACCCUAGGAAGGCGCUGCAGGGUUUCUUUGACAGGGAAGGAGAAGAACUAGAGUAUGAAUAUGAUGACCAUGGACACAAUACCUGGCUCUGCAGGGUUAAGUUGCCUGUGGAUGAUGCAUCAGGGAAGCAGCUGGUGGCAGAGGCUAUCCAUUCAGGAAAGAAAAAGGAAGCAAUGAUACAGUGCGCGUUGGAAGCUUGCCGAAUACUGGAUGCUAGAGGUGUGCUGCGGCAAGAGGCAGUGUCCAGGAAAAGGAAAGCAAAGAACUGGGAAGAGGAGGACUUUUAUGACAGUGAUGAUGACACCUUCCUUGACCGAACUGGGGUUGUUGAAAAGAAACGACUGAACAGAAUGAAAAAAGCUGGGAAAAUAGAAGAGAAGCCGGAGACUUUUGAUUCACUGGUUGCAAAGUUAAAUGCAGCUGAAAAAGAACUUUCUGAGAUAACGGAGAAGCUGAAGGUUUCAGGGAAAGCCCAACCCCAGCCGGCUUCUCAGGAUUCCUUGGAUGAAUUCAUGACUGAAAUAAAAUCAGGCUGCUCCUUAGACAGCGUAAUGAGGAAGAAGCUUCAUUUGCGGACCUUUGAAUUGAGGAAAGAACAGCAGAGACUGAAAGGGUUAAUAAAGAUUGUUAAACCUGCGGAACUGCCAGAGCUGAAGCCCCAGACUGGGAGUCAUGGUCUGGAACUAGAGAGCAAGCCUAAAAAGCUAACAUUGCCUCUCUUUGGUGCAAUGAAGGGAGGAAGAAAAUUCAAACUGAAAACUGGAAACCUAGGGAAGUUGCCUGUCAGGCGUCCAGAUAUCCCUGAAAGCUUGUUAAAAAUGAAAGAUGAUGGGCCUGAAGUGGAGGAGGAAGAAGAGGAUGAAGAUGAGGAGCAGAAAAUCAAAGCAGCAAACAUCGGGACACAAAAAACAGAGACGAAAAUGGCAGGAGAAGAAGUAGAACAAGAGACGAGUCUUCCUGCCAGUUCUCCUAGUAAGAAUCUGGAACCUACCCAUGGGAUUGGUUUUCAGUCUCAGCCCAUCAGCAAGCAGUUAAAGACACCAGAGAAUGAAUAUCAGGUGGACCUAUCACAAGAGAAGUCUCAAGCAUCGGAGAGAACAUGCAGGACAUUUGAAGAGAGCCCCAAGAAAAAGACGAAAGUCAAUGGCCCAAGCAGGGUAAGUAAUGAUACCUGAAGCUCUCUCACGCAGAGGAAGACAGUCCCUGCCCCAAGAAGUCAACAAUCUAAUUUAAAAGAUUCCCUCUGAGUGAAAUGGGCUGGUGACUUGGUUGGAGUACUGCUUUGUGACAGUGAUGUCUCUUCCAUGGUGUGUGAAA